AUGCGGGCGGCGAGCAGGGAGCCGCCGGCUGUGGCGGCCGAGGAGGCGGGCGGCGGGCCCGGCGAGGCGGCGGCGGGAGGCGGGCAGCCCUGGAAGACGUUUGUCUAUGUAGAACCGUCUAGGAGAGUUAAAGAAAUACUUGAAGAAGAGCUUUGUUUUCGGAAAGAGGAAUGCCACAUUAAACAUCCAGCUGCAGUGGCUCUGGAAGGAAUUUGGAGUGUGAAAAAGAAUUUUUCCAUGGGAGGCCUGAAACCAGCAGCACAGAACAGAAACAGUUUACUUUUACAACCUAAACUCUACUCAAGGCAUGAAGGAAUGAAAAGAUAGGCUUCAUGAAAAGCAGCAUCUUCAUUUUUGAAGAACACUGGGCAGAGCAGAAGCACCUGUGAUUAUCACACCUACAGCAGUCAUUUUUUAUGGAAAAAAAAGAAACCUACUAAUUUAAAAAGUGUAAAAUGUUUAUACUAUAUCAGGUAACUAAUAAAAUAAUAAAGGUAUCUAUAUGGCCACCUAUCAGCAUUGUGACUAGGAGGGGUAAAUAUGCAAGGAAUCAACAACCAGAUCUGUUUGCUUUAAGUUUCAUAAUACUAAUAUAUCACAUUAUUCAUCUUGUACCACAGCAUUGUCUGGCUAUGGAAGUUAUAUGAGUGUAAUUACAAAACCAGCAUGAAUUAAGUUAUUACUGGUAUAAGUAGUGGUUAAUCCAGUGUAGCUUUCUGCCAUGGCUGCCUUUACAUGUGUAAAUAUUUUGGCUAUAAGGCACACCUAAUCUGUCAGCUACUAACUUCAGUCACCUGUGGUAGGUACUUAAGCCAAAUAAUCUUGGUUAAUUUAGUCAAAGAAUGCCAAUAUAGUUUAAAAACUCAUAUUCAUAAGGCUUCUAGUAAAAGCACACAGUUUUCAAAGAUCCUGAUUGCCUUCAUUUCCUGCAAAGUUCCACAAAAGAAGCACAGCUUCAAAAUCAGAYGCUUUAUUCAAGAUGGUUUUGGUGCUGCAAUUACUAUCUGUCAGUUUUCCUUUGGGGAACCAGCUGUACCUUUGUUUCUAGGGACUGCUGCUAGAGACAAGUGAUGUGUCUCCUCAGUUGCUAUGCAGACUUCUCUGCGGCACAAAAGGCUGGUAAUGAGAGAAGGGAUGACAGGAGAUGCAGGAGAGGAGAAAAAGAAGCAAUCUGGCUUGACCUGCUCUAUCCAGCAGUCCAUUUCCAUCCACGCUUCAUGUCCCGUGAAAGAACUGGUCAAAAAAUGAAGYAGUAAUUACUAAAAGUGAGAGAUGGACUAGGUCCAGGCUAUGGAAAUAGAACCAAAAAGAAGUUUCUAAAAGGAGAUGAACCUGCCAACUUUAGGGCAAGGAGGAAAACCACCCAAGUCAAAAGGAAGAAGCACCAAUAAGGGGAAUGAGAGAGGAGGCACAAAGGGUAAGAAUUUCCCAAGGGAACAGGAGAUAGGAGAACCAGAGAGAAAGGCACAAUUCAGCAAAGCGAAGAUAAAAACUCAGUGAAGUGAGAGAAAAUGAUGAAGAAAUAAGGAGAAGAGGGAAAAAGAAAAAAAAAAGUAUGUCCAUGCUGCUGAAUUUAGUGAAAUUAGUGCAUUUAUUUUUGCUUCUUCCUUUUAUCACCCUUUCCUAAAAGCAAUCCCASAGGCUACAUUUUAAGUCACUAGUGGCUCUGGAGGCUUCACUCUGUAGGUGUCUCAGCCGUCCUUGUAGAGAAUCUUGAUUUUUACAGUUUACUGAACUCGUCCUGUGAAUACCUGGGCCCRUCUGAUGUCUCAAACAUGCCAAAUCACUAGCUGCCUUUGAAAUGCAGAUCUGUAUUUCUAGGAUUUUGAAGGAAGUUCUGCUUAGAUGGAGAGUUAUUCCCUCUUUCUUUGUUCUUUUAUUCAUAUCCUUGUAGUGCCUUUCUUCAGAUGUAGUAGCCAAACAUUAUUCAGUGAUGGAGAUUUUAUGAUCCAGAAGUCACUAAAUGAGUCGCUUGAGGACAAAUAUUUCCUACUGUGAAACCUGGCAUUUUUUAUGGGCUUCUGUGUUGUAAAAUGUUUCUAAUUGCAGCAGAAGAUUGUAAUAUAAUUGUAGAGAUGUCUUGGCAUUCYUUAGACUGAGACCAUUUAUUAAAUAUCUCGUAAGCCAAGAGU